UUCAGUCACCAAAAGCAACUUUCCUGCCUUUCAAAUCAUUUUUCACAGUUCAGUAUGUGAUACAGAAUUUCCAGUCGUUCCCAGAGAAACUCAUUUGUAAAAGUCAUAUUGAAUGUGUUUUUCCUUUUAUGCUCAGCACUAAAAAUCUAUUAAAUGCAAUGCUUUUUAUAAAAACCUCAGUAAUAACACAGGACAUUGGUGAAAACCUGUGGGAACCCUGUUGAUCUCCUGAGUCUGAAAAGCUUCCAAGAUCGAUCCACAGAUCUCCUGCUUUCUUGGAACUUUGCCUUUUAUGCAAAUGAAGCCCAAAGCAUCAUCCUUAAAUGUGUCAUACCAGGAAGUGAGUGCCGGCAUUCAGUUCUGCAGAGAGAGAGAGAGAGCGAGCGAGAGAGAUUGAUCCGGAGCUGCUCAGGUUAAACACUUCCCAAGUGGGAAGCAGCACGUGUGGUUGGGAGCAUGGCGACCUCUCUGACCUCCAGAGGUCAAACGCUCCAUCAGUGAAGGGACGUGGCGUCCCACCUCUCUCUGUCUCUCUCUUUCCCUCCGCCGGAUUGAGACAACCUUUCAAUGUCAUUGCUCCGGGCUGCUGUUCUGGAGGUGCGCUUCACUCUCUGCAUUGGCUGCUUUCGGUCACACGUCAGCGUCAGGGAAAACAAGAUAAUUACAGGCCAAAUCUGAUCCGGUGAAUGACAUGGACCGGAAUGAGCUCUCGCCCGGUUCGGAUGUUGCCAUGACGAAGAAAGCGGCCCAUAAGAGCGCGCCAGCGUACCACUGCACCGGGAACAGCACCGCCAAGAGUUGCCUGGAGUCCAACUCGGAUGCCGCCGGGUCGAACCUGAAACCCAAUCACGUCGCCAUGGAGGAGACGGACGAUGCAGAGGAGGAAUCCAAGUUUCAGCAUCCGCGGCUGAGGAGAACAGGAGGAGGGAGCAGCGUCCAGAUUAAGAGCUGCGCACCGGGAGGAGCGGGAGGGGGAGGAGGAGGAGGAGGAGGAGGAGGCGCAUCCAGGAGCUCCACUUCCACUGAUGCGCGCCCGGGUGAUGGGCGGAGGAGGAGGAGGCAAAGCGUCUACCGUAGUGGCCACCGUGACGGUAGAGGCUUGUAA